UUGCAGGCUAAUGAGAACUUUCGAAAUAAGCAAGCUGAACUCAUUCAACCCGGUGAAGAGUCCAUAUUUCUUACCGUAGAAGAAGAGGCACAAAUGAUAGGAGUGGUAGAAGCCGCAGCAAUACGAGUAUUGAAGAAUCUGACCUCUUACAGUUUUUCUGAUGGUUUUCGGCCGAAUAUGUGGCCCUCUAUUGUGAUGAUGGCAUGUUUCUACUUAGCUAUGAAGGUCGAAGAAUUCUAUGUAACGAUUGACGAAUUUGUCUCUAAUCUAAGAACUGGAAGCCCAGAGCAAAAUACAACGCGUAUACUAGGUUUGGAACCAGAAAUCAUGCGAGCGUUGCGAUAUCAGAUCACUAUCCAUUGUCCCUUCAGGCCAUUUGAAGGACACCUCGUCGAAAUGAAAACGCGAAUGUUAUUGUUGAACUUCAAUGUGGAAACGAUUCGAGAACCUGCAGAUCAGUUCUUCAGGUUUGAGAAAGCCUUGCUGUCUGACGUUAUGCUGAUGUAUCCACCUUCGCAAAUAGCUUUAGCAGCAUUGAAAUAUGGUUUGGAUGCUUUGGACAAAUCGCCUGAUGUUCUUGCCGAAUUCCUCCAGAAACUUAUGGGAGUAGAAGAUGACUGGAAAGGAAUGCAUGGAGAUGCUUUACAUACUAUAGAGAAGCUCACAAUUAGGCUUAAUGAUAUCAUUGAUGUCGUAAACCGCGGAGCGAAACCUUUGACACAAGAGGAACACGCUUCCAUCCAGGCAAGAACAGAAGACUGGGCUGCGUUGAACUUGGCGCUUGAAGAACGUCGUCAGGCAAGGCCAGGUUAUGUUAAAAAAGAGGAACCGGUGGAUUCUGAUGACGAAUAGAU